ACAAAUUAUUUAGAAAGACUAUAUUGAAAAUACAGGCCCCCAAAUCAAUUAUCAAUGAAACUACAAGGUGGGCCAUAAGUUUCCAUACAUAGGAAAAAUGAACAUUUUAUGUUGGACAAUCGUUUUUAUAUAAUGUGCUCUAUAUGAUUACCAUUGUUUCGAAAGCACAUAUUAACCCUCCUGUUGUCCUCAUUUACAGGCACCAAAAAAUAUUGUUUCCUUGUCUGAAAAAAUCCAAGAAUUCAGCAAAAAAAUUUGCCGAAUUUCUGAAAAUUUGCAAAACCUUCAGGAAGAAAAUUCCAAUAAUUCCUUAAAAGUUUUCCUCCAAUUUUUUUUUAAAUCUCUCAAAUGUGGCAAGAAAAUUCUUGUAAAUUUUUUUUAAAAAAGACUAAAAAUCUUCCAAAAAAUCCUAAAAACAUCUAAAGUGAUCACAUAUAUAUCAGUAAAAUUUCUAAUAUUUUCUUUAAGAACAUUCACAAAAAAUCAACCAACAUCCAGCGAAUUUCGCUGGAUUUCGGUAGAUUUUUUUGUGAAUGUUCUUAAACAUUUUUAACAUUUCUUUUUUCCACCAAAAAUGUUCAAAGAUUUCCCAAAAAUCAGAAGUUUCACUGUGAAAAUAUAUUUUUUUCCACAUUUUCAAACUUUUAACCGGGUCUAUUCUGACCUGCAGGACGACACGAGGGUUAAUGGUGAAAGGUUUAGUAACUUUAGUUGCAUUUAGUUCCUACUGUACGGUCUAAAUUUGUAAUAUCGUCAAUCUAAACUGUUGGUUUUUUUUUUUAUUUUGCAUCACUGAAAAUACCUGCUGUUCAGUUUAGAAGUGAUGGCAUUAAUUUAGAUGACAUUGCACAAGACCUUCCUAUUAAAUUUAAAUCACUUCCCAAUAAACUGGAUUCAGGCCAUUUAUUUUGUUAUGAAUCUUGAUUUACAGCAGUGCUUCUUGUUGUCCAUUAGAUGGCAACAAAUAGUAAGAAAAUGAAGUUUUAUCCAGAUUUUGCAAGUUUUCGAGGAUUUCGUGGACACAGUUCAUCCUGAUUUUCUUACUGAGUAUCAUCCUCAGUCGUGUCCUCGUACGAUGCUGAUAAACGCGUAAGAAGAAGUACAAACUGUUCCUGAUGUGUUAGCGGAGAGAAUAAAGCCCAAGAGACCUCAUUAACAUGGCCUUUUGUUAGCUCGUCAUUAGCCCUGAGAAAGGCCAUCGCUGGCUGGUGCUUUGUCAUGUCUUGUGGACACACUAGCUAAUUGACUUGAGACUCAUGGUAACGGUAUUUUUUAAUAAACCGUGGGCAUGUGGCCACAAAGACAUACCUGAGGAUGCCCCGGAGAUGAUCUGGAGCUAAUUAAUGGCCUGACAACAAUAAAAGACAAGAGAAUUAGUGGUUUUGUGUUUGGUCUGAAUGACGUCCAGAGGCUGAAGGUGUGGACGAAGCAGGACGCUAUAAAAGCAGCUUGUUUCUCCAUCUGGGAGUCCAGUUUUACAGGAUCCAGAAGAUGAUGUGGUUCAGCUCCAACAUCCAGAACGCUGCUGGGAUGGAAACGCCCAACAGGAAGGUCCUGGUUCUGGUCCUGAUGCUGCUGCUGUCCCAGCUGACCUGCGACGCCCACACCGUGUCCGAGUGCUGCCGACAGCCGGGUCGCUCGUGUCGCCUCUACGUUCUGCUGUGUCGCUCCGGAACCACAGGAACCCUGAGCAGAGACGCCUCGGCCGGCAUCCUGACGCUGGGAAAGCGGGCCGAGGACGAGCACCGGCUGCAGAACCGCCUCCACCAGCUGCUGCAGGGCUCCAGGAACCAGGCGGCCGGGAUCCUCACUGUGGGGAGGAGAACCGAGGAGUGGGCGGACCGGAGCAGAACCCCCAUCAGCACACCUUUACCUGUCUGAGAGCAACUUCACUGGGACUGAAAAUCUAGAUUCCAGCAGAGAAAUCUCACCGUUAAUGCACAAAAUGUACAAUUUUUACUCAUGUAGAAACAUUUUAGUGUUUUUUCUUUGAACUGUGAGUGUGAGAACUUUAAGAAUAUUUCUCAUGAUGUACAGAAAUGUAAAAGGAUUUGUGAUGUAAUUAAAAAAAACACUUAAAGAUGA